AAACGAUCACCACAGUAAGUAUGGUUCCGCCUUUGACCGUGCGGGGUCGAAUCCGACCGACAAGUUCCGCUAGGGUUCUUUCCCGAGUUGGGAUCGUGGCUUCGGAUUUCGAGGUACCUUCCUCUCAUCACCCCACGUUCCAGUUACCUGCAAGUCUGGCGCUUUCCAUCCCCGUGGAACUCAGGUAGGGUUAGUUCGGAGCUUGGAUCAGGGGGUAGGAGCUUCAUUCUGGUUUUAGGUUGUUUCUGUUUCGAUUAGGUUCACAUUCGUCCUCGAGAAGGGACCUGCCGUAUCCGUCUUCCUUCCUUUGGUAAUUUAGGUUUUGGCUGAUCAAUACUCGAUAAAAAUGGCAUCUUUGGGGAUUCUACAUUGGUUGUGGGCCGUAAGGGAGUCUGUUUAAGGGGAAUUUAGUUCCAAGCUCGACUCUUUUAUGGCCUUGGAAUGGCGAGCGAGAGAGGAAUCUUCGCCAAAGAAGCUCGUCGCUAGUCCUUGGGACGACGAAGCCCCUUUGGCUGGCGUCACGUCCCAGGCUUCUUGUGCUGCUUCAAGACCAAAGUGCAGCAAGAAAUCCAGCUCCUUGGUUACACCGAAGAAAGGUGACUCCAAGUUUGGAAGCGCAACAGCUGAUAAUUCGAGUCCUAAUGGCCAACUCCGAUCCUUUACCGACCUUCCUGCGACCUUGCUCUCUGAGAUUCUUCAGCGUCUCGAUGCCGAUGAGCUCGGCGUUGUGUCCUGCGUCUCUCCUCUGCUCAAUAGCAUUGCGUCUGACCAUUGUGGGUGGAAGGGUUUCUAUUGCGAGAGGUGGGGCUCCCCGCCGGGGGUGGACGUUCCUGCUGGACCUGGCUUUCGGGACCAGAGGUUCUGGAAGGAGUUGUUCGUGGAAAGGGAGUUCAGAAGCAAAUCGUUCAUGGGGAGGUUCAGCAUAGAUGUCCUCCAUGGCCACACUGAAGCUGUUCGAGCCGUAUUUCUUCUGCAGACAGCUAAACUUAUCUUCACCGGAGGGUAUGACUCUGUCAUCCGUAUGUGGGACAUGGAAGAAGGCUUGUCGGUCGCAGUGUCUCGCCCUCUUGGCUGCACGAUUCGAGCUAUCGCAGCUGAUUCGGAGCUGUUGGUAGCCGGGGGAACGGAUGCAUUUCUGCAGUGCUGGAGAGCAAUCAAAGGGCAUCCGCACCUGUUUGACAUUGCCGGUUUUUCCCUGAACCACAACCCCAGCUUCCGCCUUUGGGGCCAUGAAGGUCCAGUGACUUGCCUCGCAUUGGAUUCGACCAGAAUUUAUAGUGGUUCAUGGGACAUGAGUGUUCGUGUAUGGGACCGAGCUCAUUGUAAGUGCUUGAAGAUAUUGAGGCAUGAAGAUUGGGUGUGGUCUCUUGCUCCUCGACAUGGCACCGUCGCUAGCACGGCUGGUAGAGAUGCUUAUGUUUGGGACACUGAUAGUGGAUGCCUGAGGACUGUUAUCCAUAAUUCCCAUGUGGGCAAUGCAUACUCUUUGACUCGCAGCCGUUUGGGAGAUCUUCUAUUUACUGGAGGAGAAGAUGGUGCAAUUCACAUGUUCGAGAUUGGUCACAACUGUAAUGUUGAAGAUGUCAAACCAUCUGCAACUUGGGUUCCUCAUACGGGCGCUGUUCAUUCACUUUCUUUUGAGUUUCCAUGGGUUGUGUCAUCUUCAAGCGAUGGUAGGGUUGCUCUGAUUGAUGUGAGGAAGCUGUUAAAGUCUGGUCGAUCUCAGUCUCCAAGGCAGCAUUCUAAGACCAGGUUCUCUGCUUCAGAUGCAGUGGAAGCACCUCGAAGGAUGCUACAUGGCUUCGGUUGCAAUCUUUUCUCUGUGGACAUUGGCGCAGAUAGGAUCGUAUGUGGUGGUGAGGAAGGCAUUGUGAGGAUCUGGAAUUUCUCGCAGGCACUGGAGAUUGCAAAGAGGGUCGAAGCCCUUAGAAGCGUGAGGCUGGAGAACCGGAUGAGGCGGCGCAAGGCUCACAUUAAGAUGGGUGGCAAUGGUGCACGGUCCGAUCAGUGCUCUGUUGCAGCAAAAAGGAAUCAGCUGAAUGGAGAGCACACUGGCAUUUGGCACAGUAAGCGUAACAUGAACUCAUGCGGAAAGCUCAAGGCCUAGCGACAGGAAGUUCCUCCUUGUAACUUGUUGAGUACAUAAUUUUGGAAGUUGUUUUAAACAAUAUGGUUAAUCUUAAUUUUAGCUGAGUACAUAAUGUAUGUCAUUUCAA